AUGGCGGACGGCAGACACCGGGCGGCGCAGCCGGCCAACACCUACGAUGCCACCACCCUCACCACCGAAUUCGAGCAGUUGAUGCGCAACAAGCGCUUCAAUCGACUCCAGGAACAAUCGCGCUCGCGACCCGGCUCCCAGUCUCCCGUUUCGUCCAUGUCGAGUCCGAUGCCACCGCCCCCUUCGCGAGCGCCUCCACCACCGCCAUCGUUCGGCGCUUCACCAACUCACCCAUCCCCCCAGCCAUCGACUCCUUCGCCCUCGCUGCGUGGGCUCCCCAUCAUGCCCUCACCUCCUCAGGACCCGGCUUCGCUCAAGUUCUACAAUCUUCUCAAAGGAUUGUCAGUCACCCCGACCAAGUACGAAAACCCGGGUCUUUUGGAUGAGGCCUUGUGUCUUAUCCCGCUCGAUCGCUUGUAUUCAGAGGCAGAGGAGGAGAGCCAGAUCAUGCAGGCCCAGGCUGCCAGUAUCGGUGGCAAGCCGGAAUGGGGCUACCAAGAUUGUGUGAUUCGGGCAUUGCUAAGAUGGUUUAAACGAUCCUUCUUCCAAUUCGUCAACAACCCCCCUUGCUCGAAUUGCCACAUGCCCACGAUCGCACAAGGUAUGACUCCUCCCACCCCCGACGAAACCGCGCGCGGUGCGUCUCGGGUCGAACUCUACCGCUGCGCCGAGGCGAGCUGUGGUGCCUACGAGAGAUUCCCCCGGUACUCGGAUGUUUGGCAAUUGCUGCAGUCCCGACGAGGCCGUGUAGGCGAGUGGGCCAACUGCUUCAGCAUGUUUUGCCGUGCGGUCGGGGCCCGGGUCCGUUGGGUAUGGAACUCCGAGGACCACGUGUGGACGGAGGUGUAUUCGGAGCACCAGCGUCGAUGGGUGCACGUCGAUGCCUGUGAGGAAGCAUGGGAUCAACCUCGCCUUUACACCGAAGGAUGGCGCCGCAAGCUCUCAUACUGCAUCGCCUUCUCCAUCGACGGAGCGACCGAUGUCACUCGCCGUUACGUUCGCAGCUUCGGCAAACACGGAACCCCGCGUACUCGAGCCCCCGAAGAGGUUGUCCUGUGGUCCAUCCACGAAAUCCGACGCAAGCGCCGUGAAAACAUGUCGAAGACGGAUCAGCGCCGCCUGAUCAAGGAAGACGAGCGCGAAGAGAAGGAGCUUCGCGGAUACAUGGCAUCUGCUCUUGCCGCGGAGAUCAACGGCCUGCUCCCGCGCAGUAUGGUGGGCGGCCGAGCCGACGAGCAAAAGCAUCCCGGUGGGCGCCAGGAGGUGGCUCGCGAGUGGGCCGGAGCUCAACAGCGAGGACCGGGCAACUCUGGCCCCGACCGGUCCGGCGGACGUUAA